AUGAGCAGACUAAAGGUGGGUAAGGAUACAGGCCAUGUGCAUGGCUCUCAUUACGCUUUGUCUUCAGAGUGCGAAGACGUGGUCCACGAAUUCCAGAGAGACUUCGACGCUAACAGGAAGCAGAUUGUUGACCUCCUUGAUAACAUCAAAAAGGAAGAAUAUCUUGAGAAUCAAAGCUGUCUGAAGGCUAUUGUUCACACAUCUGCACCAGUUUUUCUUAACCCUCCAGAGCUUUUGAUGGUCAAGUCUUCGGUGGAUCUAUACUUCGGUGCAGUGUGGAUGUGGGACAAAGUGGCACGCAUCCUUCUGCAGAGUCCUGAGGCUCCCAGCAUUUCGAAGCGCUUCUGGUCAGGGGUACCCCCGCCUGUGGAAGUGGGCGACGUGGUCAAAGUUCUGGAGGAUGGGUCAACCAUUGUACAAAGUGGCGAGUACACGGUCGUUGGUGUACAAGGAGAUGAAUGUAGCGUGGAGAAAGAUGGGGAGAGGAUUAACAUUCCGCGUGACCGUCUCAUUCUCACAAUAAGAGAAAAAUACAGAUAUAUUGCAGACGCGGUGUUGAAGAAUCAGCUAGAAAACUUGAAUGAAGAGGACCCCAAUCUCCUGCAAGAUAUGGAGGAGAUAUUUGAGUUGGCUGGACUCAGAGAACCCUUCGAAAAAACUAUACAGACGGGAGACCCCCGCUAUCUGCAGACUGCAAUGAAAAGUUCGGAGAUGUUUCAUUGUAAGCGACUGCCUGGCAUCCAAGCCAGCCCGAUUGUGAAACCUGGAAAGGGACAGUAUAAACCCGACCCAGCAGAGAUGAGCGACAUCUACACUUCAGACUCCGCAGUUAAAGCUUUUGAAAUACUACAGCUCAUUCGAGGCUACACAGCCUUGGAAGGUUGCAAGCCUCUAACACAGAGAAAUCUAUAUGGUUCGGGUAACGAACUCGUCUGGCGAGUCAUCGAGAAUGCUAAGUUUUACUCUCUUGAGGUGCAAGGCGAAGGAACAUUGCAGUCGGCCCUUGAAAAUCAAUGCAGGUCUGCCGUCGCAUUCGUCUUUCCGGAGUCACUCAAGUCUUCUAGCCUUGUCAUUCCACACUGUGCGGACGUCUGGAAAAAGAUGAGAAGCGACUGGUCGCAAUUAGGGCAGUUGGCUCCUGGAUACAUGGGAGAUUGUGACGCACGCUGCAUGAGAGCCGUUGCACAGAGAAACUACUGGUUCGACCAGAAAUAUAUCAAGAGAAAAACUAUUGCACAGGAUUACAUCCUUGCUGGAGAUGUUGUUCGCCUGUCGAACUUUUUGGCUGCGGAUGCCCUCUCCUACUUGGAGCUUCUGGGUGGCCAGGUUUGGCGACUAGCUCGCAUUGCCAGCUCAACGCUAGCACCCAAAGACCUUGCAGAAGAGGCUGAAGAAGUUUCGUGCGUUGCGGACUCAUUGACGAAGGACGCCGUGCAACCGGUGCAAGGAACCCACACGGUGCCCGGAUUGGGCCUUCCGAACCCCCAACUCUUGGCGUUGAAUGUGGCAACUGAUCUCCGGCACAACACAAGCAUCGCGGGAGCAAACCUGCAGAGCAGCAAAAAAAAUCGCAAGCUCGCCAAAGGCUCGAAGGCGUUUUCCGCAUUCUUCAGGCUGCUUUCUUGUCAUGUUUCAGAUGACACUGAAGCACUGUGCAAGGUUUUCGGGCCUUUUGCGUCGCUGGCCAUUCGUAUAGCUUUAUUCCUGCGUGUUGAAGUUGAAGAGCACGGUAAUAAGGGAUGGACGGAGGCCGUAGCCGCCUUUUCUGGCAAAUCACCUGGGAGAAAACUGUAUGAAAAGGCGGUGAAGCAAAUGACGGUAAAUGCUAGAAAGUUCAUUGAGAAGUUCAUGGGAGGCUUUGGUUUCAAAGCAACGGGAAAGGUCGAGAAGGUCAAGAAGAGGAUCCGGAGUAUUUUAAAAAGAAGAUCUGGAAGAAAAGAUUCAGGAAAUAUAGUGCACCACAAGGUCGGCCAUGAGUUCGCCAAGCUCAUCCUCUUCAUGUGGGCAAAUGGAAGCCAACACCAAGUAGACCUUGCUCCCAGCAAAAUUGAGGAGGCGUUUCGCCUAGCCAGAGUAUACCAGACACUCAUAAUCUUAAACCAUGGCGCGGAUCCGAUAAGAGCGAUAACGGAGAAUAUUAAGGCUGGUUGUAAGCACACUAGCACGGUGGGGCAUAAGUACUGGCCUUUACUCGACAAAGGCAACGUAAAAAUAUCGAAAAUCGCAGAUGAAUUUGGCCUAGGCCUCCUUUACGGAUUUACCACCGGCAAAACGUAUUCAGCGCUUUCUGAAUAUGGUCGCGCGCUAGUUUACGCUUGCAAGGGGAAAUCCAAAUUGGAUUUGCUUUCUCAAGGGACCAAGUACCGUGAAAUGAUGGAGCUCUACCAGUGCAUCGAGCUUCGAGGUAGGAUCGAGGAACAGAACCACAUGCUGGCAGAAGCUGGCAAACUAAACGAGCUGGGCACCGCUGCUGAAGAACCUGCCUCACUCGAACUCCAGGCCUGUCACGCGAACCCCAAUGGCAUACUGGAUUUACAGCAGGCCCAAACGAACACGCCUUCCGAAAAUAUAAUAUAUUCUACGUUCCUGUAA